ACCCUGAAAACACACUUAAAAUGCUCCGCUCGAUCACUGUCUCAUGCUUCUCAUUCUCGUUCGCCGGCCGGCGCCCUCGUCUCUUCUCCAUCUCUGCAAGCCCUAGCCUUUCCGUCGCCUUCUUCUCCUCCUUCGGCAUCUCAUCAGCAGCCAUGGUGACGGCUCCGGUGGCCAAGAAGAUCCCACAUGUGAUGGAGAUGUUCGGCGACGUCCGGGUCGACAACUACUACUGGCUUCGUGAUGACUGCCGCUCCAAUCCAGAGAUUCUCGCUCACCUGAAAUCGGAGAAUGAGUACACCGAUCUCGUAAUGUCUGGAGUAAAACAAUUUGAAGAGAAGCUAUUUGCUGAGAUGAGAGGAAGGAUUAAGGAAGAUGACAUUUCUGUGCCAGUUCAGAAAGGAUCGUAUUACUACUAUGAAAGAACUUUAGAGGGGAAAGAAUAUGUUCAGCACUGUAGGCGCCUCAUUUCUAGCAGUGCUCCUCCAUCAGUGUAUGAUGUUAUGCUGACAGGACCAGAAGCACCUGCAGAACAUGUUAUCUUAGAUGAGAAUAUUAAGGCUCAACAGCAUGAUUUCUAUAGCAUUCGAGCUUUCAAAGUUAGCCCAAACAAUAAGCUGGUAGCAUAUGCGGAAGACACUAAAGGUGAUGAGAUCCAUAAUGUUUAUGUUAUUGACAUUGAGAGUGGGGCUCUCAUUGAGAAGCCUCUAACUGGGUUAACGACCUAUCUUGAGUGGGCUGGCAAUGAUUCCUUGAUUUAUAUCACAAUGGAUGAGAUUCUGCGACCUGAUAAGGUUUGGGUGCACAAACUGGGAUCUGAUCAGGCAAACGAUUCUUGCCUUUACCAUGAGAAGGAUGAUAUGUUCUCAAUUGAUCUUCAACUUUCUGAAAGCAAGCAGUAUUUGUUUGUUGGAUCUGAGAGUAAAAAUACACGGUUUGUCUUUUACCUGGACAUUUCUAAACAAGAAAAUGGACUUAUGACUUUGACUUCUCGCACAUAUGGCAUUGACACAUCAGCUAGUCAUCGUGGGAACCAUUUUUUUAUCAAGAGGAGAAGUGAUGAAUUCUUUAAUUCUGAAUUACUUGCUUGUCCAGUUGACAAUGUAUCGGAAACUACAGUUCUUCUUCCUCAUAGGGAAAGUGUGAAACUACAGGAUUUUCAACUUUUUAAUGACCAUCUUGCUGUAUAUGAACGUGAAAAUGGUUUACCUAAGAUAACCAUAUAUGGCCUUCCACCAGUUGGGGAAGCACUAGGACGUCUUCAGGGUGGACGAAUGAUUGAUUUCAUUGAUCCAGUAUACUCAGUGGAGCCAGAGGAAUCUCAAUACUCUUCAAGCAUUCUACGAUUUUCUUAUAGUUCACUAAGAACCCCUUAUUCUGUGUAUGAUUAUGAUAUGAAUGAAGGCAUUUCUGUCUUAAAGAAGAUCGAAACGGUAUUGGGUGGUUUUGAUUCAUCUAACUAUGUCACUGAUAGAAAAUGGGCAAUGGCUUCAGAUGGUACUCAAGUGCCUAUAUCUAUUCUAUAUCGGAAGGAUCUUGUCAAGCUGGAUGGUUCUGAUCCUUUAAUGCUUUAUGGCUAUGGUUCUUAUGAGGUCUGCAUAGAUCCAAGUUUCAAGGCAUCGAGAUUGUCUUUGGUAGAUAGGGGCAUUAUAUUUGCCAUUGCACACAUCCGUGGAGGUGGUGAAAUGGGCCGACAAUGGUAUGAGAAUGGGAAGCUGUUGAAGAAGAAAAAUACAUUCACUGAUUUCAUCUCAUGUGCAGAAUAUUUAGUAGAGAAUAAAUAUUGCUCGAAAGAGAAAUUAUGUAUAGAUGGGAGAAGUGCAGGAGGCUUGCUUAUGGGCGCUGUUCUAAACAUGCGGCCUGAUUUAUUCAAGGCUGCUGUGGCUGGGGUUCCGUUUGUUGAUGUUGUCACUACCAUGCUUGAUCCAACUAUCCCAUUGACUACCUCUGAAUGGGAGGAAUGGGGUGAUCCAAGGCAGGAGGAAUUUUAUUACUAUAUGAAGUCAUAUUCUCCAGUUGAUAAUAUAAAACCACAAAAUUAUCCAGACAUUCUUGUUACAGCUGGGUUACAUGAUACCCGUGUUAUGUACUCGGAGCCUGCGAAGUUUGUGGCGAAAUUGAGGGACUUGAAGACUGACAAUAAUCUUCUUCUCUUCAAAUGUGAACUAGCUGCAGGGCACUCCUCAAAGUCAGGAAGAUUUGAGAAGCUGCAAGAGGUUGCUUUCAUUACCACCUUCAUUCUCAAUGCAUUGGACAUGGUUCCACUGGUGAAUUCCUAAAUUUGCAUCCAUUUCUGAUUGUGUUGUUGCUGUGGAUUAAAUAAGAACAUUAUGUAAGUAAUCCAGGUUGUGUUUUGUUUCUUUUUUUCAUAGCAUGGUUUUGUUACUUUUGGAGCCUGUGAUGCUCUUGCUUGCAAGAAAUAAAGUAAAAUUUGAGUUGCAUUAA